CCAAGAGGACGACAGGGGCCGGGAACACCGGAGGGCUUUUUUUGUAAGCUCACACUUGUAGGAUUAUGGACAUUUAUUUUCCUCCUGUUGAAUUGGGAAACUGAAGGAUUGAAGGAAUCUAUUUUGAUUGCUCUGUGUUGUGUUAGAAGUAAAUGAUAAGUGUCUCCUUGGAAAAUAGAAAUACAUUUUUUUUUUUGCUUUGAGGAUCUUCAGAGAGAGAGAGAGAGGGGGGGAAAAAAGUUUGGCUCCAUCUAUAUGUAACCGAUUCAAGUGGAAGGAAUAUUGAGAUCCAGGUUUUGAUUUGCUGUGGAUGUUUUCCAUGCCUUGUGGAUAUACAGUGUGGUUUUGAUCAGGCUUGCUGUCGGAUCUGGAGAAUUGGCAGGUGUGACAUUUGAUUUGGGAACCUCUGAAGAAAGACUCGCUUGUGCGUCUGACCCAUUUUAUUUAUUUUCUUCGUGACUCAUAUAUCACGUUUCUGACGGUGCCCAGCAGACGUCCACCUGCUCUCUCCUCAACCUUUUAUGACGCUCCAAAUUCACUUUUCAAGGAGCCGAGUCAGUAACUCCGACAAAUACAUGUUUAUGUUCCCCUGCUUUGGCCGUUGUUCCUUUCCUAGUCAUUUCUUCCUCUGAACCUGUGUAUGAAACAGCUUCUUCAAGGAGCAAGUGGUUUUGGAGACGCAUUAAAAGUGUUCCCAGAGUGAAGAAAGAGCACAGGGAGAAAUGGGAACAGAAAACACUGCCCUUUCUUAAUGAAACACGGACCACAGAGGACCAUCUUCCAGGACACAUAAUAACAACCAAGCACAUAAACGGACAAGCUCAGUCAGUGAGGCGACUUCUUGUGCUGGCCAGAGUGUGAUAGUCCCUUUUCAUGCUGGUGCUGUGACCGUUCCAGAAGAUUCUGGGUUGUUUAAAACAGUGAGACUCCUGGACUGAGACAGUGAGAGCAAGACGGAGACGCGAGUGCUUUGCCAUUGCAUUUUUGAACGUUAAAGUGUGACUAAAUAAUUGACAAUUGAGACAAAACCACAAAAAUGGUAAUGGAUCCCUCAAGUCAAGAAACUGCAGGACAUUGUAAGAGGAGCAGCUCCAGAAGGCACACACUGUCCUGCUGUUGGAGAGAACAGAGCAGCAUUGGCAAGGGCCAGAGCAGGAGAUUGUCCCCCCUGGCUGUCCUGCUCCACGUCUGUGUCCUGCUGUGUGUGUGCGGGGGAGUGGAGGGGGUGGUCCACUCCAGCUUCCGCCGCCUGAGCGGUCGUGAGAAGAAGGAGAUGCAGCGGGAGAUCCUCUCGGUGCUCGGCCUGCCGGGGCGACCGCGGCCCCAUCCCCCGCUGCGCCCCCCGUCCUCGGCGCCCCUCUUCAUGCUGGACCUGUACCACGCCGUGUCCGAGGGCGAGGAAGGACUCGGGGGCCGGCUGGCCGCCGUUGGGACGGGCCACGUCCACACUCACGCCUUCCCCACCCUCAGCACGCACAUGCCGCCCCUCGGCUCUGUGGUCAGCGAGGCCGACACCGUCAUGAGCUUUGUCAACCUGGUGGAGCAUGAGCGGGACCUGCUUCAACCACGACCGUACUGGAAGGAGUUCCGUUUUGACCUCACGCCCCUCCCACAGGGAGAGACUGUGACGGCGGCGGAGUUUCGCAUCUACAAGACUCUGACCAUGGGCCAGAGGGCCAACCACACGCUACACAUUUCCGUCUACGAGAUCCAGCGAGAGAACAGACACAGGGAGCCAGAGUUGGUGCUGCUGGACAUGCAGUCAGUGCCAGCAGGGCAGGAGGGCUGGCUGGCGUUUGAUGUGACCUCAGCCAGUAACCGCUGGCUGCUGAACCCACGGAGCAACCUGGGCAUCCGGCUCUACGUGGAGACUGAGGAGGACCGAUCACUGUCUGCAGGAUGGGUGGGUCUGAUUGGGCGGCGGGGGCCCCGCUCUAAGCAGCCCUUUAUGGUGACAUUCUUUCGGGCCAGUCAGGCCCCCUGUCGCCCUCCACGAGCAGUCAGGCACAACAACCCCCGGAAGAAGAAACCCAAAUAUACUCUGCCACACCCCAACCGACCUGGGAUAUUUGAUCAGAUCCCCACAAGUGGCCGCCAGGCAUGCAAAAGACAUGAACUGUAUGUAAGCUUCAGUGAUCUGGGAUGGAAGGACUGGGUGUUGGCUCCACGGGGUUACUCAGCCUAUUACUGUGAUGGAGCGUGCGACUAUCCCUUAGGGGCUUGCAUGAAUGCCACCAACCACGCCAUGAUCCAGCUAGUGGUCCAUCUGCUGAAGCCAGAUGAGGUGCCGAAGGCAUGCUGUGCCCCUACCAAGUUGAGCCCCAUAUCUGUGCUCUUCUAUGACGACAACAACAAUGUCAUCCUCAAGAAGCACCGCAACAUGGUGGUCAAGACCUGCGGCUGUUUAUAGCCCCCUUUGGCCCAAUGUGCUAGGACUCCCAAGGACUCUGCCAACUGUAUUCACACACACACACACACACACACACACACACACACACACACACACACACUGAGCACAAAGCUACAAAAUACUAGCAUAAAUGACUUCCCUUCAAUGCAGUUUGCUGCUAUCCUGUGUGUUAGGGCUAAGCAGUAAUGAAGAAAAAGGACCCAGUGGUAUUGUUCUCCUCUUCUCUUGGCUAUUCUACCUAGGACACACAAUGAUACAGCUCGUGCCAAAACACAAAUUCUCCAGGUGUGGGGUCUGCUAAGCCUAUCGUACUCCACAGGUCACAUCUGGGCACUCAUAUGCCUGUGUUUGGUUCACGCUGAUUUCCUGCGUUAUGGUUAAUUCAACACACCAACAUGUCAAUUUGUACCAAUAUAUUAUUUUCGGACAUCUUGGAAUGUAAUGAAAAUGUUUUCCCUGCCACUUUUCAAGAUGUUAUUUAAUUGAGAUGAUAAUAUGUAUAAUGUUAUGUAGCAACAUCAUAAAGGGUACAAAUCUUCCAACGAA